GAGAGUAUAAGGAGGCCAGCAGCUGUGGGUCCCUCACAGACCGGUCUCUGUCUUCCAUCUUGCAGCAGACAGACAGACAGAAGACCCCAGCCAGCCCCCAGCCAGGCAGCAUGCGUGAGUGCAUCUCAGUCCACGUGGGCCAGGCCAGUGUGCAGAUUGGCAAUGCCUGCUGGGAGCUCUACUGCUUGGAACAUGGGAUCCAGCCAGAUGGGCAGAUGCCCAGCGACAAGACCAUCGGAGGAGGGGACGACUCCUUCAAUACGUUCUUUAGCGAAACUGGCGCCGGAAAGCAUGUGCCCCGGGCGGUGUUUGUGGAUUUGGAGCCCACUGUGAUUGAUGAGGUUCGAACGGGCACGUACCGCCAGCUCUUCCAUCCGGAGCAGCUCAUCACUGGGAAGGAAGAUGCGGCCAAUAACUAUGCCCGAGGCCACUACACCAUUGGAAAGGAGCUCAUUGACCUGGUGCUGGACCGAAUUCGGAAGCUGGCUGACCAGUGCACAGGACUCCAAGGAUUCCUCAUCUUCCACAGCUUUGGAGGCGGCACCGGCUCUGGCUUCACCUCGCUCCUGAUGGAGCGGCUCUCUGUUGACUACGGCAAGAAAUCCAAGCUCGAGUUCUCCAUCUACCCUGCCCCGCAGGUGUCCACAGCCGUGGUCGAGCCCUACAACUCCAUCCUGACCACCCACACCACCCUGGAGCACUCAGACUGUGCCUUCAUGGUGGACAACGAAGCCAUCUAUGACAUCUGCCGCCGCAACCUGGACAUCGAGCGUCCCACCUACACCAACCUCAACCGCCUCAUCAGCCAAAUCGUCUCCUCCAUCACAGCGUCCCUGCGCUUUGACGGGGCCCUCAACGUGGACCUGACGGAGUUCCAGACCAACCUGGUGCCCUACCCUCGCAUCCACUUCCCCCUGGCCACCUAUGCGCCAGUCAUCUCUGCAGAGAAGGCCUACCACGAGCAGCUGUCGGUGGCAGAGAUCACCAACGCCUGCUUCGAGCCUGCCAACCAGAUGGUGAAGUGUGAUCCCCGUCAUGGCAAGUACAUGGCCUGCUGCCUGCUGUACCGAGGAGACGUGGUGCCCAAGGAUGUCAAUGCCGCCAUCGCUGCCAUCAAGACCAAGCGCAGUAUCCAGUUUGUGGACUGGUGCCCCACGGGCUUCAAGGUUGGUAUCAACUACCAGCCCCCCACCGUAGUGCCCGGGGGUGACCUGGCCAAGGUGCAGCGUGCCGUGUGCAUGCUGAGCAACACGACCGCCAUCGCCGAGGCCUGGGCCCGCCUAGACCACAAGUUCGACCUGAUGUAUGCCAAGAGGGCGUUUGUGCACUGGUACGUGGGCGAGGGCAUGGAGGAGGGCGAGUUCUCUGAGGCCCGGGAGGAUAUGGCUGCCCUGGAGAAGGAUUACGAGGAGGUGGGCAUGGAUAGUGUGGAGGGGGAGGGGGAAGAGGAAGAGGGGGACGAAUACUAGGGGACUCCUUCCAGUCUGUUCUAAAUAAAGUGCUGCGGCCUAUUGUCUCA